AUGGCCCUGGUCCGUCAUGAUCCCCAGGAGGCAUUGCUGUAUGCCUUGAAUGACCUUGAGGAGAAAAGCUUCAAGACAUUAAAGUUCUACUUGCAGCACAUGACCCUGCCUGAUGGUCAUCGGAAGCUGGCCCGAGGGGAACUGGAAGGCCUCCAUCCGGUGGACCUGGCAUCUCGCCUCAUUGAAAUGUAUGGAGCCCACAAGGCUGUGAAAGUGGUGCUUCAGGGCUUGAAAAAGAUGAACCUGUUGGAACUUGUGGACAUGCUCAGUCUUGUUUGUCUGAAUGAUUACAGAGAAAUAUACCGAGAGCAUGUGCGCUGCCUAGAGGAGAAACAAGAGGGAGUCAAUGGCAGCAUCCACCAACUGCUCCUGAUGGCCAAGCCCAGUUCAGAGAGCUCAGAAUCACUUACUUGCCCUAUCCUGGAGCAGGAGGUCAUGGUGAAAGAUCUGUUUGGUUCAGGGGAAAAGCCCCACAAGUCCACAGUGGUGCUGCAGGGGUCUUCUGGCACUGGAAAGACAACACUGGAGAAAAUGGUACAGGACUGGGCCACUGGUACCCUGUUCAUAGGCCAAUUUGAUUAUGUCUUUUAUGUGAGCUGUAGGGAAGUGGUUCUGCUGCUGGAGGGCGAGCUGGACCAGCUCCUUUUCUGGUGUUGUGGGAAUGAUAAAGCACCUGUUGAAGAGAUUCUGAAGCAGCCAGAGCAGCUCCUGUUUAUCCUGGAUGGCUAUGAUGAGCUGCAGAGACCCUUUGCUGAGAGAUUGAUGAGGCCAAUGUCAAGUCCCAUGGAGGACCUGUUGCAUAGUCUAAUUAGGAAAAAGAAACUUUCUAAGUCCUUCCUUUUGAUCACAACUCGGCCCCUGGCUUUGCAGAAUCUGGAGCGCUUGCUGGAGCAACCACACCAUGUCUGUAUCCUAGGCUUCUCUGAAGAGGAGAAGAGAAGGUAUUUCAGCUCCUAUUUCAUGGAUGAAGAGCAAGCCAGAAAUGCCCUUGGCAUUGUACAAAGAAAUGAUGUUCUCUAUGAGGCAUGCAAAGUCCCAGGCAUUUGCUGGAUGGUCUGCUCCUGGCUCAAGGGACAGAUGGAGAGAGACAAGGUAGUCUCAGACAUACCCAGUAACAUUGCUGAAAUCUACAUAGCUUAUGUGUCUACCUUCCUGCCACCCUUGGCAGCUGAGGGAAUCCAGGACCAGAAGUUCCUGUUUGAAGAAGAAUACCUCAGGAAGCACAAUUUCGAUGGGUCCUGCCUUGCUGCUUUCCUGAGCAGCAGUGAUUACCAAGAGGGGUGUCACAUCAAGAAGUUCUACAGCUUCCGCCAUACUAGCCUCCAGGAAUUUUUUUAUGCCAUGUCCCACCUGGUGAAACAGGAACAUGGCAAGCUGAAGAAGGAGUCCCGCAGGGAAUUAGAAAAGCUUCUGGAUACAAAGAAUGAGGAUAUGACCCUCAGUAUGCAGUUUUUAUUGGACAUAUUGAAAAACGGGAGCUUCUCAAAAUUGGAGCUAAAGUUCUGCUUCAAAAUUUCUUCCUGUAUGUUGUAGGAGCUGAAGUAUUUUAAAAAACAGCUGGAAUGUAUAAAGCAUAGGAGCACCUGGGACUUGGAAUUCUCCUGGUGUAGGUCUACAAUCAAGAACCUAGUGAAGGGUGUUCAGAUGACUGACGUAUCACUUAAGUUGGCACGUUCAGAUGUAGGGCAAGUCCACACAAGGCCCUCAUUUUCUAUCAAAAACAGCUUGAGAAAAGGGCUGGAAGAGGAGCAAAAAAGUCCUCUUGUGGGCAAAGAAAAUAUAGCAGGAACACAAAAAGGGGCUUCUAAUGGAAAAGACAAAGGGACAAAGGAACUAGAAGUAAGGAACUUAGGAACAGUUGAAUAG